GAAUAGAGAGAGAAUAGAGAAAAGGGUGAUAGGUCACUGUGAAGAAGCAUCUUGUAAAAUAGAUUAUUCUAUGCUACUCCUAGUGAGAUUAUUCUAUCCUAGUAAUUGAAAAAUCAGCAAAGUAGCCUAAAAAGCAUGUAGGAUAGCAUAUUAUAAGCUGUAGAUCAUGUCCUAAAUCUUUCAACAGUUGUUAGUUAGACAUCAUGAUUUCCUUAGCAGAUGUCUACCAUGUAGUCACUGCCACUGUCCCAUUAUAUGUGACCAUGGUUCUAGCCUACAUCUCAGUCAAGUGGUGGAAGCUCUUCACCCCAGAACAAUGUUCAGGCAUAAACAAAUUUGUGGCCAAUUUCUCAGUCCCUAUUCUCUCAUUCCAAGUCAUUUCAUCCAACAACAUUUACAAAAUGAGCCUCAAACUGGUUUAUGCAGACUGUGUUCAGAAAUUGCUUGCAUUUCUGAUCUUCACAGCAAUCAUUAAGAUCAAGGGCAGGGGGGGUCUGAAGUGGAUCAUAACUGGUCUCUCACUCUCAACACUUCCCAACACUUUGAUCCUUGGAAUUCCUCUCAUGAAGGCCAUGUACAGGGAUGAAGCUUCUCUUCUCCUUCCACAGGUUAUUUUCCUCCAGAGCAUGGUCUGGUACAAUCUGUUGUUGUUUCUUCAUGAGUUGGAUGCUGCAAUUCCUGCAAGGACCAUGCCUGUUGUUGCACCACCAUCACAAGACUCAGGAGAAUCUGAGACUUCUCAGGAGAUACAGUCAAAAGAAGAAGAAGAAGAACAUAGAACACAGAGCAAAACGAGGAUGUUGAUCAUUCUCAUGAAAGUGGGGAAUAAAUUAAUCAUUAAUCCUAAUACCUAUGCAACUUUCAUAGGUCUUAUUUGGGCAAGCAUACACUUCAGGUGGGGAGUGGAUAUGCCAGAUGUUGUUAACCAGUCAAUAGAAAUAUUGGCCAGUGGAGGUCUAGGCAUGGCAACUUUCAGCUUAGGUCUAUUUAUGGCAUCAAACAACAGAAUCAUAGCAUGUGGGCCAAGGAUGACAAUGGUGGCAAUGGGCCUGAAAUUUCUUGUUGGGCCUGCUAUAAUGGCUGUAGCCUCCAUUGUGAUUGGAUUAAGAGAUAGAAUGCUCAAAGUGGCAAUCAUUCAGGCAGCUCUACCCCAAGGAAUUGUUCCUUUUGUUUUUGCUAGAGAGUAUAAUGUUCAUCCAGGAAUUUUAAGCACAGGGGUCUUGCUAGGAAUGCUCAUGGCCUUGCCUGUGGCAUUGACAUACUAUGUUCUCUUGUCACUCUGUUUCUGAUACACUAUGUCAAGUAUAUAUAUAUUAUAUACCAGAAACAAUGACAGAAGAGUUUGCAUUGGUGUAAAACCAGCAGUUUAAACAUAGUUGUAUAUUGUCAGUAUUGAUUCAUAUAUAGUUAGAGAGAAAAAACAAGAUAUAUUUAUCACAAAUUGCAUGAGUAGAGAAAGAAAAAAAACAUUUUGCAUCAGUUGGUUCAACAAAGAAAUAAAGCAUGAUUGUGCUUUCA